AGUCGUGGUCGUCGAUGCAGCUUAACAUGACUGCCCCCCCCCCCCCCCCCCCCCGUGUUUGAGUGCCGGGCGGAUGUUGCAAUGCACACUGCCGUCUGCAUAGGCCGUAAACGUAAGUGGCUUUUCUUUCUUGACGCCUCCUCGCAUCUGAGGAAAAAAGGUCCGCCUUAACACCCGUCACCCCGAGCCCGCGGAGCGCAAGACCAAUAACAAAAGACCAAUACCAAGAAUGGACAAGACAAGCGCCAAUGCGACCUGUAGCUGUCUUUGCACAAGCGCGCCUUGUCCUUUGUCAGAUGGUCAGGCAGGGAGCCGAAACUUUCCCAGCCCCAGAGCUGCCCGGCAUCGUACCAUCUGGGGACGUCGCCUUGGCAUAGAUCCCCCCUGGGACCUAUGUACAGCGUACAGCGUACAGCGUACGGCGUACGGCGUACAGCCUACCGGUCCACCAUGGGGGGGGCUCCCGAACUGGAAAGUCAAACAGAUUGGAACAGAUUGGGAGGGGCCCUCGCUCGUGCUCGCUCAUCCCCGGCUGCUCCAUGGUGGAUGGAACCUCCCCGUUCGGCAUCGCGAGCCACCGAUGCUUUGCACAAAAAGCCGCGUUCGCGUUCAUAAUUCUCCCGCCAGCGGCCGAUCCCCCCCCGAUCACCUGCCUAGAAUUACGGACCUCCCUUGUCGUGGAACCACGUCCCCGCCCGCCUACCCACGAAGGCGGUUGGUCAUCAACCGUUUGUACCCAUUCUUCUCCGUUCCCGACGAUGUGGACAGGGCGGGGCGAGGCGCCAUUGCAGCCCGACUGGCUGCUCCCACCAUGGGGCAGCAUGAUUGAGCGGGGAGGGGGGGCGUGGGACGAUGACAAUUCACAUCCCGCCGGGUUUCGGCCGCCUGACCACGGAAGUAACCCACACACGGGGCUUUGCAAGCAAACGGCCGCCUCCUCUUCCCAGUGAGCAAAGCAGAAGCCGGUGGGAGAAGCCGAGUACGACACAGUUCGAGCGCUGUGGCACAGAUGGUAUGCGGCGUUGAGUGCGGCUCGAGCAACGGUGUGCUUUGUCUUGGACGAGAAUGGGGCUGGCUAUUUCGCCAAGAGCAUUACGAGCUUAACGG